UGGUUAGUGUUGACGUAGCCAAUUUCACAGUUACUCGGCGGUUGUCGGCUGAUUGUAGAAGUGAACACCGGGGUUGACACGGGUAGAGAAUGGUGAGCCUUUGCAGGCGCACGUGAGCCACCAUUCGAAUUCGGGACGGUUGAAAUCGAUGCGGCUCAGCUUCGGACAGCCCAGAUGACAGACCCACCGGCCAGCCAAUUUAAUGCUUCACGGUCGAGGCUCUGAAGGUCUUUAGCUGCUAUUCAGUUACAUUUUGGGGGAAGGACGUGGAAAAGCCCCCGAGAAGGACAUUCACGCGUCAAGAGGAAGUCUUGAAACACCGCUGGUUCUUUAAGAGGUCUCGCCGCACUGAAAAUCACACAGGAAAAGCUCUUAAAAUAUAUUUAAACGCUGCCUUUCGUCGUUUUUGAAGAGCUUAGACCUUCUUCAUCGAGUGUGUAGUACUAAAAGUUUCAGUACUCUCGCUUAAUCAAUAGUUCAGUAGUCUUCUGGUGCUUGUUUUAUUACUCAUAACGGUGACUUUAUGCCCGGCAAUUAACGCGAUACACACCCCCGUCGUCCUGUUUACUUCCAGACUUGACAUUCCCAGAAAAAGAUCUCGAAGAAAAAAAAACAUCCAUUUAUCAGUUUGUAUUGUCUUAAACAAACCGUAUCUAACUUUUGUGGAGGGUGGUAACCAUUUAUGAACAAUUUACAAGAUGGGGAAAAUGCUGUCAAAGAUAUUUGGUAACAAAGAGAUGAGAAUAUUGAUGCUCGGAUUGGACGCCGCUGGGAAGACCACCAUCCUAUAUAAAUUGAAGCUCGGCCAGUCCGUGACCACCAUACCCACCGUCGGUUUCAACGUGGAGACGGUCACCUAUAAAAACGUCAAGUUCAACGUGUGGGACGUCGGCGGACAGGAUAAGAUCCGUCCCCUCUGGCGGCAUUACUACACGGGCACUCAAGGGUUAAUUUUCGUGGUGGAUUGUGCGGAUAGAGAUCGAAUUGACGAGGCCAGGCAAGAACUCCACCGCAUUAUUAACGACCGAGAGAUGCGGGAUGCCAUCAUUUUGAUUUUCGCUAACAAGCAAGAUCUACCUGACGCCAUGAAACCGCACGAAAUCCAGGAGAAGCUGGGACUGACACGCAUCAGAGAUAGGAAUUGGUACGUGCAGCCCUCAUGUGCGACCACCGGAGAUGGACUAUAUGAAGGCUUAACUUGGUUAACAUCUAACUACAAGUCUUAAUGACACCGUUUGGCACUGACUGUUUAGGACAAAUAAACUCAAUAUGAGGAAAAUCGGAGCCCUCUAAUGCAUUUUCGUAAUGUUUUGAUUUAUAGGUAACAUUUAUUUUUGUUUGAAAUUACCAUUACAAAGUUAUCGUUUUGAAACCUAAUGGGUUUGGCUUGCUUUUAGUUUUCUGUGUAUUGUGACACACUUGUCACACACCACGGACUGUGUCUUAUAACAUGAAAAGUCAUUCCUGGAUGAAGAGUCUCUAUUUUUUCUUUUUGACAGUAUAGGUUUUAUAUCUUUGUUGUCUUCAGCUUCUUUCUUUGAAUACUGAAAGUUAAAAGUUUAAGUCCAUCAAUGUGUUAAAGACAUUUUGUUCUGCAAUGUUCAGAUUUGUCCAGGCAUCUACUGUAGCUCAGCGCGGUUUUGCUGAGGAGGUUGUAGCAUACUGACUGUAAGUAGCUGCGUGAAGUUAUGGCACGGUUUAAAACCCAUUUAAGAAUGAUAUCACUGACAUCCAAUAAUAAUCCACUUGUAAAUGAGUCCAUGGAACAUUUUAUGCAAAAGUAUUGGGCUAUAAUACUGGAAGGAACACUUUUGCCAUUGACAUGCUUCUCUUUACACAGCGUAAUCGAAAAGAGUGAUGUUUUGUGCUCUCAAAAAAGGAUUGUUGACAGAGAGAUGCCAUUUGUAUCCCGUUUACCAUUUAGGCCAAUCACAUUGAACAGAUUGUCUUUCACUUGCAGUUCUCUUUCUAAAAUGUGGGAUUAUUACAUUAUUGCAUUUCAAAUGUAGUGCCUGUAUGGUAGAGUGGACAAUUUUUUAAGAGAAAUUUUUGAUCCUGUUCAUUUCAUCUCUUUCCUUGACUCAUUUUGAGAAAAAUGUACAAAACAGCUAUGUAAGUGUAACUUCAAAUUAAACUUAGUCAUUUUAA